AUGCGGGAGAAAGGAGAGAUGCCAUUCACAGAGACUUCACCUCUACUCGAGGUUCAUGUCGCACCGCGGCGUCCUCGAUAUCCACAUCAUGCAGUGCGCCGAACCUGCACAUUCAUGCUCGGCGCCUUGCUGGUGGUUGUCGUCAUACUCUUCUCCAUUCCAUCCGCUAUCCUUCCCCGCGACCACGGCUCCAUCUGGUCCUAUUUGCCGGGUGCCAACCCAUUCCCCCAUAGUUCAUGGCCUCAGGGCAAUGGCUUGCCAUUUGAUCAGCUUCAGCAGAUUCUCCUGAAUACUCCCUCUGCAGCGAAGACCCGGGAGUGGAGCGAGUAUUAUACUGAUGGGCCACACUUGGCUGGGAAGAACCUGAGCCAGGCGCUGUGGACGAUGCAGAAGUGGAAGGAGUUUGGCAUUGAAGAUACCAGCCUCGCAUCUUAUGAUAUUUAUCUAAACUAUCCAUUGAGCCAUCGGCUAGCUCUUUUGAAAAAGUCUAAGCACGACACGCAGAUCACUUUUGAAGCGACAUUGGAAGAAGAUGUCCUUGAAGAAGAUCCUACUUCUGGUCUGCCCGAUCGAGUGCCUGUCUUUCACGGCUACUCUGCCAGCGGCAAUGUCACUGCUCAAUUUGUGUUCGCCAACUUCGGCACGUACUGGGAUUUCGAGGACUUGGUGAAUGCCAAUGUGACCUUGGAAGGUAAGAUUGCUAUUGUCAAGUAUGGUCGGAAUUUCCGGGGCUUGAAGGUCAAGCGGGCUCAGGAACUGGGCAUGGUGGGCGUUUUGAUCUAUGAUGAUCCACAAGAGGAUGGCGAAAUCACCGAGGAGAAUGGCUACGAGGCCUACCCUAAUGGUCCAGCUCGCAACCCGAGUGCUAUCCAGAGAGGCAGCACGCAAUUUUUGAGCAUUGCUCCCGGUGAUCCAACCACGCCAGGGUAUCCAUCGAAGCCCGGCUGCGAGCGUCAGGAUCCUCACGAUUUCAUCCCCUCUAUUCCGUCGCUUCCGAUCUCCUACAGUGAAGUCAUUCCCUUCUUGAAGGCACUGAAUGGUCACGGGCCCCGGGCUUCUGAUUUCAAUGAGUACUGGCAAGGUGGCGCCCUUGGUCACAAGGGUGUCAAGUAUAACAUUGGACCCUCGCCGGAAGAUGUCGUCAUCAACCUUGACAACCAGCAGCAGUAUGUCACCACGCCCUUGUGGAACGUCAUUGGAGUCCUGAAAGGUACUAUUCCGGACGAAGUCAUCAUUCUUGGAAAUCACCGCGAUGCCUGGAUCGCCGGUGGAGCCGGAGAUCCCAACAGCGGCUCUGCGGCUAUGAACGAGGUCAUUCGUAGCUUCGGUGAGGCUCUGAAAGCCGGAUGGAAGCCGUUGCGCACCAUUGUUUUCGCCAGCUGGGAUGGCGAAGAGUACGGUCUCCUGGGUUCGACAGAGUGGGUCGAGGAGAAUUUGCCGUGGCUCUCCAAGGCUAAUGUCGCGUAUCUCAACGUCGAUGUUGCUGCUUCUGGCACCAACUUUGGUCCUGCUGCUGCGCCUUUGUUGAACCAGGUCUUGUACGAUGUUGCCAGCCUUGUGCCGCAUCCCAAUCAGACUGUCCCUGGACAAACAGUCCGUGAUGUGUGGGAUGGACAAAUUCAUACCAUGGGUAGUGGCAGUGACUUUACGGCUUUUCAAGAUUUUGCUGGCAUUCCAUGUCUUAACUUUGGAUACGAUCGUGGCAAGAAUGACCCGGUCUACCACUAUCACUCGAACUAUGACAGCUUCGCGUGGAUGGAGAAAUAUGGUGACCCUAACUGGUCUUACCACCUCACGACGACCAAGCUCUGGGCGCUAGCAGCUGCUCAGCUGGUGGAAACACCAGUCAUUUCCUUCAGCGCUGGAGACUAUGCCGAUGGACUCGACGCGUACCUGGGGAAGAUCAAGCCUGCGGCAGAGAAGCUGCCCAAGAAUGUUCAGUUCGACUUUGAGCAUCUCGAUCGGGAGAUCUCCAAUUUCCAGGCAGCUGCAAGUGCAUUUGAUGCGUACGCUGCGAAGCUGGCUGCGGAGUUGGAAGAAGAAUUACCCUGGUACCAAUGGUGGAAGAAGGUGCGGCUGUAUUUCCUGAUCCGUGGCGCCAACGAUAAGUAUAAGAACAUCGAGCGAGCCUUCUUGUACGAGCCUGGUCUGGACGGACGCAGUUGGUUCAAGCACGUGGUCUUUGCUCCCGGUGUUUGGACCGGUUAUUCAGGAGCCACCUACCCUGGCUUGGUGGAGAGCUUUGAUGCCGGCGACAUUGAGAACGCCAAGAAAUGGAGUCGAAUCAUCCAAGAACGGAUUGGUGCAGCCACCAAGUUGCUGUCAUAG